AUGGAGGUGGACAAGGUGGCAGCUUCUUUCAGACUGGCCGGGGAGUGCGUGGGUCCCUGCCCCUGUGAGGGCCACCAGGUCGGCUGUAGGUUUUACCGCAGGCAGCCAUCAGAGCAGCUGCCCUCAGGGCCCCAGGAGCUGAGAAGGUGGAGGGAGAGGACUAAUGACACCCUACCCCCAUGUCCACCUCAGGUUCGGGUCUGGCGGUACUUGAAGGGCAAAGAGCUGGUGGCCCGGGAGAGCCUGCUGGACGGCGGCAACAAGGUGGUGAUCAGCGGCUUCGGAGACCCCCUCAUCUGUGACAACCAGGUGUCCACUGGGGACACCAGGAUCUUCUUUGUGAACCCUGCACCCCCAUACCUGUGGCCAGCCCACAAGAACGAGCUGAUGCUCAACUCCAGCCUCAUGCGGAUCACUCUGCGAAACCUGGAGGAGGUGGAGUUCUGUGUGGAAGAUAAACCUGGGAUCCACUUUACUCCAGUGCCUCCGACGCCUCCUGAUGAACGCUCCUGCGAGAUCCCAAAGGCUCCUCAGAGCGCCAGACUCCUCUUGGACUGUGGGGAGAGGAGACCGGUCUGCAUGGCCAAGAGCCUGCUCUCCGAGCACCUCCAUGCCCCUGCAGGCAGCCCAGCCCGGCUCAUCCUGGGGGAGGGCUCCGGCCAGUGCCAGGAUCGAGACCAGUGCCCGGAGCCCUGCCGCUUCAAUGCUGUGUGCCUGUCCCGCCGUGGCCGUCCCCGCUGCUCCUGUGACCGUGUCACCUGUGACGGGGCCUACAGGCCCGUGUGUGCCCAGGACGGGCACACGUAUGACAGUGAUUGCUGGCGCCAGCAGGCUGAGUGCCAGCAGCAGCGUGCCAUCCCCAGCAAGCACCAGGGCCCGUGUGGCCAGGCCCCGUCCCCGUGCCUCGGGGUGCAGUGUGCAUUUGGGGCAACGUGUGCUGUGAAGAACGGGCAGGCGGCGUGUGAAUGCCGGCAGGCGUGCUCCAGCCUCUACGAUCCUGUGUGCGGCAGCGACGGCAUCACAUACGGCAGCACGUGCGAGCUGGAGGCCACAGCCUGCACCCUCGGGCGGGGGAUCCGGGUGGCGCGCAAAGGACCCUGUGACCCCUGCGGGCAGUGCCGCUUUGGAGCCCUGUGUGAGGCCGAGACCGGGCGCUGCGUGUGCCCCUCUGAAUGCGUGGCUUUGGCCCAGCCCGUGUGUGGCUCCGAUGGGCACACGUACCCCAGCGAGUGCAUGCUGCAUGUGCACGCCUGCACACACCAAAUCAGCCUGCACGUGGCCUCGACUGGACCCUGCGAGACCUGUGGAGAUGCCGUGUGUGCUUUUGGGGCUGUGUGCUCGGCGGGGCAGUGUGUGUGUCCCCGGUGUGAGCACCCCCCGCCCGGCCCCGUGUGUGGCAGUGACGGUGUCACCUAUGGCAGUGCCUGCGAGCUACGGGAAGCCGCCUGCCAGCAGCAGACACAGAUCGAGGAGGCCCGGGCAGGGCCAUGCGAGCAGGCUGAGUGUGGCUCCGGAGGCUCUGGCUCUGGGGAGGACGGUGAUUGUGAGCAGGAGCUGUGCCGGCAGCGUGGUGGCAUCUGGGACGAGGACUCGGAGGACGGGCCGUGUGUCUGUGACUUCAGCUGCCAGAGUGUCCUGGGCAGCCCGGUGUGCGGCUCAGAUGGGGUCACCUAUAGCACCGAGUGUGAGCUGAAGAAGGCCAGGUGUGAGUCACGGCAAGAGCUCUCUGUAGCGGCACAGGGAGCCUGCCGAGGCCCCACCUUCACUCCACUGCUGCCCGUGGCCCCCUCACACUGUGCCCAGAUGCCCUAUGGCUGCUGCCAGGACAAUAUCACUGCAGCCCGGGGCGUGGGCCUGGCUGGCUGUCCCAGUGCCUGCCAGUGCAACCCCCAUGGCUCCUACGGUGGCACCUGUGACCCAGUCACAGGCCAGUGCUCCUGCCGCCCAGGUGUGGGGGGCCUCAGGUGUGAUCGCUGUGAGCCUGGCUUCUGGAACUUUCGAGGCAUCGUCACCGAUGGCCGGAGUGGCUGUACACCCUGCAGCUGUGAUCCCCAGGGCGCCGUGCGGGAUGACUGUGAGCAGAUGACUGGGCUGUGCUCCUGUAAGCCCGGGGUGGCUGGACCCAAGUGUGGGCAGUGUCCAGAUGGCCGUGCCCUGGGCCCCGCGGGCUGUGAAGCUGAUGCUUCUACGCCUACAACCUGUGCGGAGAUGCGCUGUGAAUUCGGUGCACUGUGCGUGGAGGAGUCUGGCUCAGCCCACUGUGUCUGCCCAAUGCUCACCUGUCCAGAGGCCAAUGUUACCAAGGUCUGUGGGUCAGAUGGAGUCACGUACGGCAAUGAGUGUCAGCUGAAGACCAUCGCCUGCCGCCAGGGCCUGCAAAUCUCCAUCCAGAGCCUGGGCCCGUGCCAGGAGGCUGUUGCUCCCAGCACUCACCCGACAUCUGCCUCCGUGACUGUGACCAGCCCAGGGCUCCUUCCCAGCCAGGCACUGCCGACUCCCCCUGGUGCCCCACCCCCGGCUCCCAGCAGUACCGCACACAGCCAGACCACCCCUCUGCACUCUUCACAACCUCGGACCACCGCCAGCAUCCCCAGGACCACUGUGUGGCCCGUGCUGACUGUACCCCCCACGGCACCCUCCCCUGCACCCAGCCUGGUGGCGUCUGCCUUUGGUGAAUCUGGCAGCGCUGAUGGAAGUGGUGAUGAGGAACUGAGCGGGGACCAGGAGGCCAGUGGGGGUGGCUCUGGGGGGCUCGAGCCCUUCGAGGGCAGCAGCGUGGCAACCCCUGGGCCACCCAUCGAGAGGGCUUCCUGCUACAACUCCCCUUUGGGCUGCUGCUCUGAUGGGAAGACGCCCUCGCUGGACGCAGAGGGCUCCAACUGCCCUGCCACCAAGGUGUUCCAGGGCGUCCUGGAGCUGGAGGGCGUCGAGGGCCAGGAGCUGUUCUACACGCCUGAGAUGGCGGACCCCAAGUCAGAGCUGUUCGGGGAGACAGCCAGGAGUAUUGAGAGCACCCUGGACGACCUCUUCCGGAAUUCAGACGUCAAGAAGGAUUUUCGGAGUGUCCGCUUGCGGGACCUGGGGCCCGGCAAAUCCGUCCGCGCCAUUGUGGAUGUGCACUUUGACCCCACCACAGCCUUCAGGGCACCCGACGUGGCCCGGGCCCUGCUCCGGCAGAUCCAGGUGUCCAGGCGCCGGUCCUUGGGGGUGAGGCGGCCACUGCAGGAGCAUGUGCGAUUUAUGGACUUUGACUGGUUUCCUGCGUUCUUCACGGGAGUCACGUCAGGAGCCAUUGCUGCCGUCGCCACGGCCAGAGCCACCACGGCGUCCCGCCUGCCGUCCUCUGCUGUGACCCCUCGGACCCUGCACCCCAGUCACACAAGCCAGCCUGUUGCCAAGACCACGGCAGCCCCCACCACACGUCGGCCCCCCACCACUGCCCCCAGCCGUGUGCCCGGACGUCGGCCCCCAGCCCCCCAGCAACCUCCAAAGCCCUGUGACUCUCAGCCCUGCUUCCACGGGGGCACCUGCCAGCACCAGGUCUCUGGUGGGGGCUUUACCUGCAGCUGCCCGGCAGGCAGGGGAGGCGCCACCUGUGAGAAGGGCUCCGGCGUGGGCGAGUGCGGGAGCCACCCCUGCCUGCCCAACCCCUGCCGUGGCGGGGCCCCGUGCCAGGCCCUGGAGGCUGGGAGGUUCCACUGCCAGUGCCCGCCCGGCCGCGUCGGACCAACCUGCGCCGAUGAGAAGAGCCCCUGCCAGCCCAACCCCUGCCACGGGGCGGCGCCCUGCCGUGUGCUGCCCGAGGGUGGUGCCCAGUGCGAGUGCCCCCUGGGGCGUGGGGGCACCCUCUGUCAGACAGCCUCGGGUCAGGAUGGCUCUGGGCCUUUCGUGGCUGACUUCAACGGCUUCUCCCAUCUGGAGUUGAGAGGCCUGCACACGUUUGCACGGGACCUGGGGGAGAAGAUGGCGCUGGAGGUCGUGUUCCUGGCACGAGGCCCCAGUGGCCUUUUGCUCUACAACGGGCAAAAGACAGACGGCAAGGGAGACUUCGUGUCGCUGGCACUGCAGGACCGCCGCCUGGAGUUCCGCUACGACCUGGGCAAGGGGGCGGCGGUCAUCAGGAGCAAGGAGCCAGUCACCCUGGGAGCCUGGACCAGGGUCUCACUGGAGCGAAACGGCCGCAAGGGUGCUAUGCGUGUAGGCGACGGCCCCCGCGUGUUGGGGGAGUCCCCGAAGUCCCGCAAGGUUCCGCACACUGUCCUCAACCUGAAGGAGCCGCUCUAUGUAGGGGGAGCUCCUGACUUCAGCAAGCUGGCCCGUGCUGCUGCCGUGUCCUCUGGCUUCAACGGUGCCAUCCAGCUGGUCUCCCUGGGAGGCCGCCAGCUGCUGACCCCGGAGCACGUACUGCGGCAGGUGGACGUCACAUCCUUUGCAGGUCACCCCUGCACCCGGGCCUCAGGCCACCCCUGCCUCAACGGGGCCUCCUGUGUCCCGAGGGAGGCUGCCUAUGUGUGCCUGUGUCCCGGGGGAUUCUCAGGGCCACACUGCGAGAACGGGCUGGUGGAGAAGUCGGCAGGGGACGUGGAUACCCUGGCCUUUGACGGGCGGACCUUCGUCGAGUACCUCAACGCUGUGACCGAGAGCGAACUGGCCAAUGAGAUCCCCGUCCCCGAAACUCUGGAGUCCGGGGCCCUUCACAGCGAGAAGGCACUGCAGAGCAACCAUUUUGAACUGAGCUUGCGCACCGAGGCCACGCAGGGGCUGGUGCUCUGGAGCGGCAAGGCCACGGAGCGGGCGGACUACGUGGCACUGGCCAUUGUGGACGGCCACCUGCAGCUGAGCUACAACCUGGGCUCCCAGCCCGUGGUGCUGCGUUCCACCGUGCCCGUCAACACCAACCGCUGGUUGCGGGUCGUGGCACAUAGGGAGCAGAGGGAAGGUUCCCUGCAGGUGGGUAAUGAGGCCCCUGUGACCGGCUCCUCCCCGCUGGGCGCCACGCAGCUGGACACUGAUGGAGCCCUGUGGCUUGGGGGCCUGCCGGAGCUGCCCGUGGGCCCAGCACUGCCCAAGGCCUAUGGCACAGGCUUCGUGGGCUGCCUGCGGGACGUGGUGGUGGGCCAGCGCCCGCUGCACCUACUGGAGGACGCCAUCACCAAACCAGAGCUGCGGCCCUGCCCCGCCCCAUGAGCUGGCACCAGAGCCCCACGCCCGCUGUAAUUAUUUUCUAUUUUUGUAAACUUGUCGCUUUUUGAUAUGAUUUUCUUGCCUGAGUGUUGGCCGGAGGGACUGCUGGCCCGGCCUCCCUUCCGUCCAGGCAGCCGUGCUGCAGAUAGACCCGGUGCCGAGGGACGGACAGGCGAGGUGGCAGCGUGGAGGGCUUGGCGUGGAUGGCAGCCUCAGGACACACACCUCUGCCUCAGGGUGCUGAGCCCCCCCUUGCACUGCGCCUCCCCCACGGUGUCCCCGCCAGGAAGCAGCCCCGGCCCCUGAAUCACCCUCGCUCUGUCAGGUGGGGCUUGUGUCCCGGAGAGGAAGGGGCUGCUGAGGUCUGAGGGGGCCCUUCCUCCGGGUGCCCCCACAGGGCCUUUCCAAGCCCUCAUUUGAGCUGCUCCUUCCUGUGUGUGCUCUGGGCCAUGGCU